CCAGACGCUGCUUGGAUUAGACAACGUUGCAAGCAUUCGUCGCCAUUUCUUGAUGUGUUGACUGCGUUUUUGUCGUUCGUGUGUUUGUAGGAAUAUUAAAUUGAGCAACAAAUUCUGGGUUUCGUCAAGUCGAAUAACAUGCAGAAGCUAGAAACGCCGAGUUCGGAAAAACUUACAAAGGAAUGUUCCACUGUAUCAAAUGCUGCAUCUACCCCAUCCACAUCUACACCCCAAAAUUCUGUCAAUGGUUCUACUGCCCCUGUAGGAAAUAAUAGUGGAAGAGGAAAACGUGGGAGUGGUCGGGGUGGCAUAGGAAGAGGAGGACAAUCAGGAAGAAACAAUCAAGGAAAUGGAAAAAAUGGAAACAAUGUUGGGCGUUUUCAGCGUAAUGCAAAUCAAGUUGGCCAAAACCAUGGUGAGAAAAAAUGGGAAGAUAAUUCUCAUGGUAAUGGGCAUCAAAAACUGUCAGAGGAUCGCCAAUUACUAGAGAAACUUGCAUCACUGUCCAAUUCUACUGCUGAUCUACCAAUCAGAUCCUUUACAGAAACUAAAUUUUCAGGCCGCAGCCGUCUGUAUGUUGGAAAUCUUGGAAAUGACAUAGUUGAGCAAGAUUUAAAGGAACAUUUUUCUGCGUAUGGAGAAAUUGCAGAAGUCUUCCUGAACAAGGAAAAGGGCUUUGCUUUUGUCAGGCUGGAUUACCGUUCGAAUUCCGAAAAGGCAAAACGAGAAUUGGACGGGAAGGUUUUGAAAGGUCGUACGUUGCGCGUUCGCUCUGCCCCACAUAGUGCCGCAAUUCGUGUGAAAAAUUUGUCUCCCUUCGUAACAAAUGAAUUAUUGGAAAAAGCUUUUUCCAUAUUCGGAGAUAUCGAAAGAGCUAUAGUAGUUGCCAAUGAGCGUGGACAAUCAACGAAUGAAGGUGUUGUUGAAUUUGUGCGCAAACCAGGAGCCCAGGCUGCAAUUCGGCGAUGCACCGAUGGCUGUUUUUUCCUAACUUCGUCAUUACGUCCCGUUGUAGUGGAACCAAUGGAACAACUAGACGAUGAAGAUGGAUUUUCAGAACGUGCAUUUGCAAAAAAAACACCGGAGUUCACUAAAGAACGCGAAACGGGACCAAGAUUUGCCGAGCCUAAUAGCUUCCAGUUUACAUACGGUCAGCGUUGGAAGCAAUUGCUUGAGCUUUACAAGCAAAAGAUGGAUGCAGUUGAACGGGAAUUGAAAAUAGAAGAAGAUAAGCUAGUGUCCCAGAUGGAAUAUGCUCGAUAUGAACAUGAAACCGAACUGCUUCGUGAACAACUUAGGCUACGUGAGCAGGAUCGCGAGAGACAAAAACGCGACUGGGAAUUGAAAGAGCGCCAACACGAAGAAUCCAGGUUACGAGAGGAGGAAACUCUUCGUCGGCAACAGGAUGAAAUGCAGCACCGAUUGCGCCAGCAGGAAGAGGAAAUGCGUCGGCGUCAACAAGAAAACAAUAUGUUCAUGCAAGAGCAAAACACAGAGGGAAAUCCCCCAGAUUUUCGUCGACCUCUCCAGCCUCCCGCAUUUGAUCGCCCUAUGAUGGGUGCUAAUGGACCUCACAAUCUUAUGGAUCUGCAAAUGGAAAAUAAGCCGUUCCACAACUCAUUUGAGCAGCGGCCUUUGGAGCCGCCUCCGAUGUUUAACAACAUGCCCAUUGGGGGUCGUAUGGAUGGUCCUAACAGCAACAUGGGAAACAUGCCACAGCGCGGCCCACCACACGGAGUGCUCUCUACUCCGCGUUGGGGCCGCCCCAACGAGCGCGAGCGCGAGGAUUUCCUGGCCAAGCGUCGCCGUUUUUGAGAGUUUGGUUAAACGAUACUCUCCUGACUUACUUUCAGCCUAUUCUUGAAAGGCAUCAAAACAAAUCUCGUGCAAAUCUUAAAAAAAAAGAAAAAGACAAAAAAAAAUUUCGAAAACAAACAUUUUAAAAAAAUCAUUAUGUUCCUUUUUCUUUAUUUUUUUUACGACAUUAAACCUCUGCUUGAAUUAGUUCCGUUUCUCAGGUUAAAUCUGAGACAAGCUGUUGUCUUUUUCUUUUCUUUUUUUUUCUUUCUAUCUCUCUUUCUCUUCCUCGUUUUCCCUCCUUUUUUUUAUUAUUAUUGCCUUUUUUGUAAGUCGUUCGACUCUUGGUGUUUUGAUUUCUUAAUUGUCCUCACUUAUAUCUGCCAUCCCAACCAAUCCAAACUAAUUUUUAAAACAUGACUUUGAUUGGUUUUGUUGGUAAAAUGUGUACUACACACAAAAUCGAUGACCUGUAGAAGAUCAUCUUUCUUGUGUGCCUCUUCUUUCAAAAAUAUAAAAAAAAAAGAAAAAAAAUCUCCUUAACGAAACAAAUUUCCAUGCCAGUGGCGCAAAGAUUUUAUACGAGGGAUUGGCAAUUCAAAGAAGAAAGUAACGAGACGUAAAACGUUUCCGCUCCUGUGAUGAUUCGACAUCAAACGUACGAGAUUAAACAACUUCUCAUUGAUAUUCCAAACAUCUUGAAACAGUUCCUAACUUCAUGGUUUUAUGCAGUAGACAUUUUUCUGUGACGAAUGUCUAUGCGCGCGCAGAUCGUUCCUUGUAGCAAAUAUCAGAAGCCCUUCUCAACGGAAAAUGUGUUUGCAAGUGGCUAAGCUGCUUUAAAAAAAUUGUAUGCCCUGCCCGCACUUUGGCUUGGACCAGAUAACGCCACUCUUUGAUUUUACGUAGGAAACCCUGAUCACACCAUAGAAUUUAAAGCUUAAAAGUGAAGAGAAACACUCAAUGCUCAUGUCUUCGUCAAACGAGUUUAGUUACGCAUCAGCUUGCAAAUGAACUGUAUCCUAUUGGAUUCAUAUUAGAGGUUCUUUAAAAUUACUUCUAACCUGUUUAUCGAUCUCCGUAUUUGUUUUUUCCCCUCCCACUUCAUACUCAUCUUUCGGUCUGCGUGUAUUUUUCUGUUUACUUCACACCCCUGAAUUUUUGGUUUGGCAUAGCUGUAUCCAUUUAUUGGCCUUGGAGGGAAAGACUUUAAGGGUUUAUCAUAGCACUUGAUGUGUGCUAGGGAAAAACGUUUGACCUAUUUAACGCCACUUUCCAAAACUUUUCAGAAAGCUGGUCGGUCGAUUGAUUCCUAGAAAUUCGAGGCAUGUACAAAUGCCAUCUUUGCCGCACAUAAAAAAAAUCCAAUUGAUGACAUUAAUUCUCAAGAGAUUGGCAUUUUCAAAACUGAAAGAUUUUUUACGAACAGUUGCCGUUACUCAUGUUGAACGUUGAAGUUUUCUGCAAAGUAAUAGGCAGUGUUUGCUUAUCAAAUAGGGGGGUUGUAUGCUGAACAUUAGCAGUCAUUCUUUGGAACGAAACUGGAUUCUUUCAGAUUGCUGGGGUCUUUUUAUCGUUCCUUGUAUUGUUUAAAAAAAAAAAGAACUUUACGAAGGUUCUCCAGUACCAAAUUUCAUGUACGUACAGGACGAACUCGAAUGUCAGCAAUUCAUUCGCAUUAUCUUGUCCGGAGACAUGAAUCCUAAAAACAAGAAGAAAAUGGGAAAACUUCAGACCAUUAUUAGUAUUCUUGUGGACAAAAUAAGCAAUUAGUAAUGGAGACAUACUCGUAAAAUCACCGAGAAUAAAAAUAUCAUUGUCCCCUUACUCCCACCACAAAAAUGGUGGGACGGGGAAGGAGUUUCGCUCAACGAACAAUUAAAAACAUAAUGUAUUUUUCGUGCUUGAUUCUCUUUUUGAACUCAAUUGAGAAAAAUACUUGGAUCAGGUUCGCGCAGCAGAAUUCACAAAACAAUGCAUAGUCAUCCUGCAGUUCUCCCUGCUUUUUUGUAUAUCUAACAAAAAUCUUACAAAUCUUGUUUUGUCGGUGGAACUUUUCUAAAAUUGCAUUUUCAGACAGUAUCUGACGUGGAAUCUAUUUACCUGUAAAAUGGUAAUUCUCUACGACGCCGUUAUUGCGUGGAAUCUGCACGAGCCGUGUAAGUUGGGGUGUUUUGAUGAGGUAGAGGACUUCUGUACAUGCAUUUAAAAAAUAUUUGUAGAGAGUAAAAUAGUUUUAGGAUUGAGUCUGCCAUUGCUCUCUGAUUCGUGCCUUUAAAGUACCAAAGCAAAAUAUAAGUUGAAAUAAGUAGUAACUAUUGCUGGGUUGGCAACUCGAGCCCUAAGUGUACGGGGUCCACAGUGUGGUCCUAAUGUUAAUAUUCUAGCUCAAAUUCAAAAUAAUUAAGAAAUCUGGUAGGAAACUUGAAAAACUGCUUGCGUUUAACCGAAGUGAAAAUUCCGGAUUUUUGUGUUAAACAACUAAUUUUCUUUGUAUUAUGUGAACAUUCAUAUAAAUUAGAACAAUAGUAAUAAAUAGUAAUAAUAUCUUGAUUUGGAAAAUACGAAAUUCGUCGACUCAUUAUAGUUUGGUAAUAGUUCCCUUGACUGAUAGCUAGUUUGCAUCACUCAAUUUUAAAGUCAUUGAAAGUAAACUUAGCUUAAAAUAUUCAUUUGCGUCCUGACAACAGACACCAACUAAAUAAUAGUGAUCUAGGAAAAUUAAUUGUUUUUAUUUGACGCAAAAUGUCUCACAUCAGUCGUAUGAAUCAAGUGGUCCAACCCAUAGGCUAUCAAUUUCACGUCAUCAAUAAAACAAUUUUAGGCGUUGUUAGCAAGGUUGUAACAGUAUCAGGUUGAUACAUUUAUCAAAUUGCAUUGGGCUUCUUUCAAGAGAUUAAAAAAGAUGAAAUAUUGCCUUCUGGGAAACAGCGUCAUUGCCACUGGCAUGUUAGGAGUGCCAAACUGUUGACGUGGAAUAUUUUCUAGAAACUUUGAUUGGCACGUAGUUCAUUUUAUCCUGUGGACUUGUAAAUUAAGAGUUCUCACGAAGUAGGCGAGCAAUCUCCAUAGUAGUGUGUUUUUAGUAGGGGUUUUCGAGAGCGUCCGUGUUAGAACAUUUGUCACGAAUUCGGCUUAAGAUUCCAAAGAUAGGUUUUCAUUUUUACUUAUAAUUCAAAAGUUUGUCGAUAAGGAAAAAACCCAAAAUAACGGGAAAUUCUCAAACUCGUUUAAGCGUAUUUAGCCUAAACGAUUUUCAAAUGUUCUCAACUUGAGAUAUAGAAAAUAAUUAAGUAGUUAUUGAAAAAAAUAUCAGUAUUCGUUUUUCCACAACUGAUAGCAACAUUUGUAUUCGAAACUUUGUUUCAUUGAAAAAAAAAACAAACAAAAACAAAAAAACAAUCGAACGUUGUUAACAUCUAUGUGUGAUGCAAAUAGAUCACUGUGUUGGAACACCUUUUUCCUAGUAAAAAGUAAGAAAAUUAUUUUAUGAACGAGAAGAUGGAAAUUUGAAAAAGUUUUAACGCAAUUUCCACUUUUACGCUACGGUGAAUUUUUUAAUUUCAUUUAAAAAGCGCCUCUAUUACUCAUGAUCUUCAGGCAUAAAGUGUUUGUGGGAAAAGCGUGCUUUCAGUUUUUAGUUCAAUGGCCUCGUCAUGGUGGCAACAAACAUGGGAUGUGCUUCUUCAUUUUCAUAACUAACUUCGAAUCAGCUUACAACUGCUGAAAUCACAUGAAAUUUAGUAGCUAAAAUCACCAGCAUUCCACAUUUUAAUUCAUGGAAAACACAAUUUUUAAAAUUGUUUCGUGCCCCACUUUUCCUCUACGAUGUUUGAAUCGAUUCCCCAUCCACGGGUAAGUAUAAAACACUUAUAUUGACUAACAUUAUUUUCCGUCUGAUUAUUAGAAAACGUUAUUCGGUUAGACCAUUGGCUCAAUGUAACAGGAGAGGGCACGCUGACAUCUCAGCAAACUGUAUCCGAUUCUUGACGGGGAAAACCUGAAAAAAGCAGAGCCACCAUUUCAUUAUCAAUACAUGAAACAUCGGUUGCCUUUCCCGGUUCUAGACUAGAUUUUGGAGCAAUGUACGUAAUUGUGCACAUUACACCAAAUCUUUUGACAGGAAAGAUUUAGACGCCUGUUCACGCGGCAAAGUUCUUUAGUCUAUCACAACCAUUUGGUUGUGAGACAUACUGGAUGCGUCAUUUAAUGAAUUUUGUGUUAUUUUUGAUUUUGGUCUGUUUGUGGAAGCCAAAAUCUGUGGAAGCCGUUACGAAAAUCUUUUCUGCACGCCCUGCUCCGGAAUUGUGUGCAUCACCUUCUUCAGCUUUUAUCAACGCAUCGUGUUGUGCAAAUGGCCAAAUCUUGUGUCAUCAGUUCAUCAGCAAAGGAACUUAGUCGGGUCGUUUUUUGACAUUUGGUAAUCUUUUCGCAUUAUCGGGCAUAUAAAAAACAACUCCCACAACACAUGAAGGUAUAUGAUCUCUCACAUACGGCGAUCCGCAAAGAUUUCAAAAAUGUUGCUGUAUUUGCACCCGAGAUUAUAGUGAUUUGAAAAUGUUGAAAA